CAGGCACAUACCCGCACCGAUGGGAUUGCGGGAGACGACACACAUGCGCUGUUGAAGCCGUUUCUGCGGUCAGUGGUGCUGAAUGAGACGCUAGUGGAGCUAUCGCCCGAAGACGAACUCAACAAAGAGCGGUGGAGUGCAUUGGAUUCGCAGGCGAUCGCGUCAAUGUGUCUGCGAUACGGUACAUCUAGCGGGGAGAACUUCUUUCUCUCCGAAGCCGCCCGUGGAUCCGCCCAGACCACGACGAACCAGAUGUGGGCCUUAGCCAAAGGCAAAGACACCCACACGCCCAAUGGCGGCAGCAUUGACAACAACUUCGACGACAACAACAUCAACAACAACAUCAACAACACCUCGGCCGAUGAGUCAUCCUCCAGUGGUACCGAACUGCCGAUCACCGGUGACGUCAACGAUGACGUACGCGGUCGCGCACGAGGCAUGGCAUCACCGCCGCGCAGUAACAGCACACCACUGUAUAUACCGUUUACACAACAACACACUCCCAAGAGCGGGGGCAGCACUCACGGCAUGCCGCCCGCCAAAUACGCCGACGAUAUCAAUGCAGACACAGGAGAGGUUAGAGGACAGGUGGUAACGGACGAUACGAAAAGAAGUGGGCCAAUGGCUGCGGAGGGGUCGUCGGCAGUUGGGAGGCACGCCUCUGCCCCCCCUCAGCCGUCGUCACCAUAUGCCCAGG